UGUGAAUUAUUUGUAUGUGAGGCGGCCUCAUGUCAGGUGAGGUGAAUGACGUCACAGGUAGUUGACCCAUCAGGCCAAGCUAGUCAAGAGGCGCGGCGGGCAGUGUGGCGCGGGCCGGCGUGGGGAGAGGUGCUGCUCAGCGCCCGCCUCAUUGGUUUUACUAAAUUAGUCACCUGGACAGUCCUGUGCAUGAGGUUACCUGCGCCAGGCUUACAGGUAUGUACGAGGGUGCAUCAGUACAAUGGCACUGCAGAUAUGGUCAACCAGACCCAAGAAAUUGGUCUCGUACAACAGCACUGCAGGUAUGGUCAACCAGACCCAAGAAAUUGGUCUCGUACAACAGCACUGCAGGUAUGGAGGGAUUAAAGUUACUUGGGAAAACUUUCAAAUCGCAAUUGGUCAUAAUAUAGUGUGUGUAUAUUCCCACAAGUACAACAGGUGAAGGGAACUAGUUUAAGUUUAACAUGUUAUACCUUGCAGCGGUGGCCUUCUAAUAGGUAUAGCCUAAGAACUCUCUACAUUAACCACUUCAGAGUGGUAAACCAUUCUUCUGGCCAGUAAUUUGAACAUUUAGUUGUGGUGUAACA